AUGAUGGUGCGGCAACCUUUGCGCGUGUUGUGCUUGGCGGGCUUCCGGCAGAGCGAGCGGGGCUUCCGCGAGAAGACCGGAGCGCUGAGGAAAGCGCUGCGGGGUUGCGCCGAGCUCGUGUGCCUCAGCGGCCCGCACCCGGUCCCGGAGGCAGCGGGCCCCGAAGGUGCCGGGCCAGACUCCGGGCCCUGCCCUCCGGAGGAGCAGCCCCGAGGCUGGUGGUUCUCGGAGGAGGGAGCCGUUUUCUCCGCGCUGGAAGAGCCCACGGUGUGCUGGGGCCUGGAGGAAGCCCUGGAAACAGUGGCACAGGCACUGAACAAGCUUGGGCCUUUUGACGGGCUCCUUGGUUUCAGUCAGGGGGCAGCGUUAGCAGCCCUUGUGUGUGCCCUGGGCCAGGAUGGUGAUCCCCGCUUCCCCUUGCUACGGUUCACCAUCCUGGUGUCUGGUUUCUGUCCCCGGGGCCUUGGACUCAAGGAACCCAUUCUGAAGGCCCCCUUGUCACUCCCUUCACUCCAUGUUUUUGGGGAUGCUGACCGCGUCAUCCCCUCUCAGGAGAGCGUGCAACUGGCCAGCCAGUUCCCUGGAGCCAUCACCCUCAACCAUUCUGGUGGCCACUUCAUUCCAGCUGCAGCAUCCCAGCGCCAGGCCUACCGCAAGUUCUUGGACCAGUUUGCAGAGUGAAAGAUCCAACAAAUGCCUCUGUCCCUUUAUUCCCCCUCCCAACCCCAAUGGGGCAUGACACCUUGGUGCAGCCUCUGUCUGACCUAUAAUCCCUGCCCUCCCCUUUUCCUCCUCACCUUGAACCCCUACUGCUGUUAGUUGCCCCUCGCUAUGACCAAUUAAGAGACAAAUGUCAAUUCCCAGAGCCUUGCUCUGCAUUCAAGAAAAGAGGGGCAGAGGCCUUGAUGGACACUUCUGAUACUCAAACAUGGAAAAGGCCGGCAGAACCCUGGAUCAGAGGAGGGUGACAUGGGAAAAGCAGGGCCUGGCACCACUGUGACUGCCACAAAAUAAAGUGGUGAUUUGGAUUUUGAGCAUCUCUUUCCUGGUCCACAAAGAAAAACCCAUUUUAUCAUGGAAGUCUUGGAUCUCUAGCCAUUGACACAGCCUAUGGGGCAGCACCAAGCAAGAAGGUGUUCCAGUUGAGUCCCCAGGACAAGCUCAUGCAUGUGUCCGCAUAUAUACUCACACAUUUUUGGUGGAAGUCUUAAGGCACAAACUGAAGGAAAAGAGGCCUCAGCUAAAUUAG